CUCUGAUUGCUUUUUAUCACUGUCAGUAACCUAAAGUUAACGCCCCAUUUCCUCAAUACUAUCCUAUUGCGCCAUUGAAACCGUGAAGUGGGAGAGGUCGUUUUUUUCUAGCCGGCGUGCCCACUAUAAAGGUCCACGUCUGGCUACAAAAGCCGAGGAAGUAUAUACACAUACGUGUUUUUGUACGAGCGGGUGGAGCAAGGAAUAUUAUCAAGAAAGAGUUUGCACAGUGACAUUUAGAUCAUCAGUCAGCCUUAACAUCAAACUUUACCUUACUCCACCUGUUUCCUGCAAACCCAAGUCUUGCCAAAACCUCCACAAUGAUGCAAAUUAGCAGUGACCCGGCCAGCAACAAGAACUCCCUCCUCAAUGUGAUGCACCGCUUCAUCGCUGCAACCAACAACAUGGAUGAGACCAUCAUGGUACCCAGCCUGUUGCGGGAUGUGCCCCUGGAGGUGCAGGAGAGCCAGCAGGUUGUGGUGGUGGAGAACGAGCCUCCCUACCCUAACAAGCAGAAGGACAUGUACGAGCACUACCUCCUCCUCAAGUCCAUCAAGAAUGACAUGGAGUGGGGCCUGCUGAAGAGGGAGAUGAGCGGUGGGGCCAGCUUCCUGGAAAUGGCUGUCAAGCAAGAGGAGCAGCAGUUGAUAAUUGGGGAGCUCCCUGGUGAAGAGGGCUCUGAUCUGGAAGGCCAGUUCCACUACCACCUCAGGGGACUGUUUGGUGUCCUGUCAAAACUCACAGUGCAAGCAGACCACCUCACCAACCGCUACAAGAGGGAGAUUGGAGGUGGUAACUUUAUGAGAUAGGGUCACUUUUGACUGACCGUGGACUGCUUGACUCACACAGUGGUGUUAUCGGAGACUUAGUGCAACUGACCAGGGACCGGUGUACUGACCAGGGCCUGGUUUCCCGGGAGCAUCUUAAGGCUUAGUUAAUUGUUAGAACCAUAGGAUCUUAUGGUUUUAAUGAUGAACUUAGCGUAAAGAUUAUUUUGGGAUACCGGGCCCUGAGCUACUUGACUUUCAAUCCUGACUUGAGUAGUGACACGCCACCCCCUCUCGUCCCUUGCUUCCCAAAACUCCACUAAUCAUACAUUUAAACCAAUCUGAUUGACACCUGCACAUGUUCCUGAAUGUUUAAGGCCAUGUCUGAUUUGUUGAACUGUGCAUUGUAAGUUUAUCAGAGUUGACAUUUCAUGCUUAUUGGCUGUUUACAGAGUUGUUGGUAUCGUAUUUGGAGUCUUGUUGAAUCAUGGCUCUGGUAGGUAGGUAACCAUCAGUCUUCAUUUCAAGUCCAAACAUUCAAUGUGGAUUCACGUGUAUGUCAAAGGAACUGGGUGUCUGUAUGCCAUGUCUUUUGUAAAUGUCUCUAAAAAGAUUUGACUGCAGGAGUAUUUAGAAUGCUGGUUGUUCUGUCCCUCCUUAAAAUGUAAAGCACACUUUAGCAUAUGGGCUUGUUUUUAAGGGCCUUUUAUUUAAAAAAAAGUAAUGAUGUAUUCAUGUCUCUGUAGCACUCCUGAUGAAACAUGCUGUGCCUUGAAUUUCUAUAACUCAAGUCCUGCUCCGAUGCCCAUCUUGUCCACAUUGUCUGAUUGGUAUAAAAAUGUCAACCUGCCCUUUUUGGAGUGAUGGUAUUGUAACACUUUUCCUUUCUGUGUUGUCCUUGGUUAUUUCAAUUUUUAUAUUGCGCACAAAUGCAGUACAACUAAAUAAAGACUUAAACUCCU